AUGAUAGGCGGGGCUCAUUUGUUUAUAUUCAGUACGUCUUUCUAUGUGGGACUUCAGAUAUGUCUAGAAGAAAUAACGAAUAAUGGAAUUACGGUACAAUGGCCAACAAGCUUCCCAGAAAAAAAUAUUAUAUCAAAUCCUUUGUGUUAUUAUGGUGGCAAUUUAGUGACGCGAAAUUGCACUGACAAUAAAUGGGAACCACCGGCUGCUGAUCUACGACCCUGCAUGAUGGCUGAGAAUAUUUAUAACUUAUCGGGCUGUCCGCCAGGUUUUAACAAGAUAUCAAAAAACAAUGACGAUUUAUGCUAUCAAAUUGGUAAUCCCACGGAAUGGAACUAUCCUUGUCUUAAAAGUGGGGGAGCUUCUAUUAUUACAGAUUUAAGCAGUGAAGAUACUAUAAAUCUCUUACAAUCAUUAAAUGCUCGGAAUAUUUCAAGAUAUUUUUGGUUACCAGCUAAAAGACAAAAAUUUUUCAACCCAAUUAUCUGGCACAUCCCUGGUCCAAAAUGGGGUCACCCAGUAGAAAGUAGAAAUUUUUUGAAAACUAGAUUUUGGAUUUUACAUACAUGCUUACUUUUAGAUAUAAAGGAAAACGUUUUAGUUACGGAAGCCUGCACAGAAAAAUAUCCAAGUUUAUGUUUUUAUAUCAAUGAACUACAUUAUCCAGCGAAAUGUCCGAAAUACAUGUCGGUUAGAUAUCUACCAGAUGAUGGAACAUGUUUCGGAAUAGAACAAUCCGAUACUAAUCUAACAUUCCAAGAUUUUGUUACAAAAAAAUGCGCAACGCCGAUGGUGAUAGGGACAGUGAUUACACGUUUCAUAUUUAAAAACAUUGCCACGUUGAAUAAUUUACCAGAAGACGUGUGGUGCUGGUUUACUUCUCUCCAAAGAAAUGUUACGUCAAACACUGGCAACCAUUUUAAUUCAAGCAAUGCAUUUAUGUCCAUUAACAGUUUGGGUGCCGUUAGUUUAACAAACAAAGAGCACGUACAGUCCCUCCCCUGUAUGGCUUGUCAAACUGCAGUUAUUUAUCCAGAGGCUGAAUUAAAUUUCGAAUACAGUGAAGAAGAAAAGUUAAUAUAUCUUACAAUAUAUCAUCCUUCAAGCCUGUGGAAAUAUAAUCAAUAUGAUCGAGGAAUUCAGUGUUUUUCAGAUGGGAAUGGGUUAGUAAAGGUUGUCCACAUCGACGAUUAUCCGGUCCUACAAAUAAAGGAAAUUGCUAAUUAUAAAAAUUCAGACACAGAUAGUGUGGAUAAAAGUUAUGCUAUAAGUCUGAUAACACAGAGAUCAGCACAGUAUUGGUGCGAAGGACAUACUAAAAAUUUUUCCCUCAUAUCAACACACAAACUGGUAGUUAAUCCUUUAGGCGAAGAGGUACAUGUUUUUUCUCUUGUUAUAAAAAUAAACGUUUCCACUUAUUACUUUUUAGAUAAGUUGGAAAUUUUUAAUAAUGAAAUACUAAAUAACAUAAAAAUUAUGUUCAAACCUAAAAAAGCUCUCGUAAUGGAAUACCUUGAAUAUUCUGAGAAUCACUUCAUGAUUUUACUGCAUUUAGACAUUGACAUAAGAAAUGUGUACAAUGAUACAGGUAAAAACAUUAAAAGGACAUACGAUUCCUUAUUGAAUGUAGCGCAAUCGGAGUUAUCCAAAUACAAUUAUAUUUUUAUAAAUAUAUCCAGUUCUAUGUAUUGCUUGCCAACAACAUCUUACGAUAAUGCUACUGAACUAAAUUGGGAACUAACGGCUAUUGGGCAUAUAGCAGCACCGAAAGAGUUUUGUUUGCAAAAAAAUGGGUUACCCGUAAAGAGAUUAUGCUCUGGUUCAUAUCUUCUAGGAAGCAUUUGGGGAGGUGUAGAAGGCACAUGUAAUCAAAAUUACAAACCGUCAUAUACAACAACAUUUCUAUAUAAUUUUGUGAAAGACCAAGUAACCGAAAAUGAUACGUCUCGUUUUCUAAUUGAUGGUCUGAGUUUCGUCUUAAAUGAUGUGAACAUUAUAAUACCAGCGGAUAUUUAUUAUUUAUCUAUGUCUUUAAAACAUAUACUGAACAAAGCUGACGAAAACCUUACUAAAAUCGAUAUGGGAAACAUCGAUAAUAUUGCGUGGGCAAUUGAUAGAGUUAUGCUUCUUGAUACAUCUUACUUGCGAUUAUCUCAAACACUAAAUUCAACAAACGUUAUUCUUGAUUCAGUAGGGGGCAUCAUCAAUAGAUUAGCUGUAAGAGAAGCUAAAGCAGGUAGUAUUCAACGAAAUUUCUUAAGUAGCUAUCAGUUGGCUGUUCGACCUCGUUUUAUUUUACAAGUGUCUUAUCCACACAUGAAUAAUGUAAGUGGAAUUGCUGUGACCAGAUUGUCCAGUGACGAUUCAUUUAUAUCUAUGGAAAUAAAACCCUUAUUUAUAAAUACAACAUUAGAAGAUGUAUUGUCAAUAGAUAAUUUGGAAGUGGCAACUUGGGUACCGAUGAAUGUUUUACAAACUCUGAAAAAAAUUAACUAUAAUGGAAGUAAAGAAGACGUAGAAAUGGAUGAAGAUAUUUAUAUUAUAAUAAGUGUCUUCUACAGCGAUGUUAUGUUUCAAGAAUUAAAUGUAACAUAUAAUGUAAAUAGUCGAAUAGUAGGAGUGGCGCUGCCACCUGGUUUUAUUUCCAAUUUAGAAGAGCCAAUUCCUCUGAUAUACAAAGACCUAGUAUCUGCAGGACAGAAUAAACAUUGUGGGUAUUGGGAUUUCCAAAUGAAUUCAAUGGGUAGUAGCCCUGGUCAUUGGUCAAACAAAGGAUGUUACUUAAGAAAAACCAACAACACCUUGACUCUUUGUCAAUGUUAUCAUCUCACACAUUUCGGACAGUUGAUAGAUUUUAAUAGAGCUAAAAAUGUUAGCGACGCUCAUGCACGCCAUUCAAUACCUUUGAACAUUAUAUCAUUAAUUGGAAGUUUUCUUUCCCUGUUGGGCAUCAUGGGUUUGUGGAUCACGGCCUGUGUUUUUCAGACGUGGAGGAAAAAAGCUAGCACGAAAGUUUUACUUCACCUUUCAAGCUCAAUUGCUAUGCCCCUGUUGAUUAUGAUAAUUUUUAAUUUGAAUGAUACAAUUUUUGUCGAAGAUAACGGUGUUUGUACCAUUAAAGAACGUUCCAAAAUAAUAUGUAUAACAUUGGGUGCAGCUUUACAUUACUUUGUUCUUUCUAGCUUUAUGUGGAUGCUUAUAACUGCUGUCUUGCAAUUUAUAAGGUAUGUGAGAGUUCUCGGUGUAUACAGACCUAAAAGAUUCAUGAUCAAAUUUACCCUAAUAGGUUGGGGCACUCCUCUGAUACCUGUUAUCAUAGUAUUGGUUCUUGAUAAGGAGAACUACUUGUAUAGAUCACCGGUGUACACCAAUUUUAAGUAUGCAAUCUGUUAUCCGAGCGGCUUUUAUUUCAUAGUAACAGUUGUUGUUCCUAUAUGUAUAAUUCUUUUGAUAAAUAUUUCUUUAUUUAUUUUAGUUAUGUGCUCAAUUUCCAAAGGACCUGAUGGUAAAAUGCGAACAGCUGACGUUGAUUUGUUAGGCGCCCAGCUAAGGUUGUCAAUAUUUUUGAUAUUUCUAUUAGGGCUGACAUGGAUUUUUGGUAUAUUUAGUUUUUCUAAUAACUUAAUUUGGUCUUACCUCUUCUGUUUGUCUUCUACUAUGCAAGGAUUUGUUUUGUUCGUUUAUUUCAUAAUCUGUGAUUCCCAAACAAGAAAUCUGUGGUUGACCUUAGUGAAACCCCAAUUCCGUAGUAUGUCAUCAAGGGAGAGUGUAGUAAGCUUAAGUAGUAACUAAGUAAUUAAAAAAUAUAUUUUAAUCUUUAUUCACUCUAUUGUUAGGUUUACAAUUUUUUGUUUAUAAUUUCAAGCUGUAAGAUUUUCAAUAGUUUAGUUUAUUUUAAAUGUAUGGUAAUUAUUUUAGGCUUUUUUUUUAAUAUUUUAAGAACUGUUUAGGUUUUAUAAUACGUAAAAGAUAAAAAUUACCGAUUUAAUCUUAUUUUAUGUAAAACUGUGUACUUUUUAGUGUUUGUUAACGAACACACCACGGUAUGAUCUAUACAAUGUUGAAAAGCAACACGCUUAUAGUUAAGUUAAUGGCUUGUUAUAACAUAGAAUAGGUAGUGCUAAAUUUAGAAAAAUAAUGUAACUUAUUAAUAAAGGACAUUAAAACAGA